GACUAGUUUCACUUUUCAGGAAAGAAAACCCAGUCAGUCGUCGUCGACAGCGAGUGUUGAAAUGGCGCAAAAAGGAGUUCAUCUGGACCGGGAGUCUUUCUCUUGUUCCAUCUGUUUGGAUCUUCUGAAGGAUCCGGUGGCUGUUUCCUGUGGACACAGCUUCUGCAUGAGCUGUAUCCAAUCCUACUGGGAUACUGAGGAUGAGAAGAAGAUCUACAGCUGUCCUCAGUGCAGACAGACUUUCACACCGAGGCCUGUCCCAAUAAAAAACAUCGUGUUAGCAGGUUUAGUGGAGGAAGUGAAGAAGAGUGGACUCCAAGCUGCUCCUGAUGAUCCCUCUGAUGCUGGACCUGAAGAUGUGGCCUGUGACGUCUGCAGUGGGAGAAAACUGAAAGCUGUCAAGUCCUGUUUGUUCUGUUUGAUCUCAUUUUGUGAAAAACACCUCCAGCCUCAUUAUGAAUCUCCUGCCUAUGCUAAACACAAGCUGGUGGAGCCCUCCAGGAAGCUCCAGGAGAACAUCUGCUCUCGUCAUGAUGAGGUGAUGAAGAUGUUCUGCCGCACUGAUCAACAGUCUAUCUGUUAUCUCUGCUCUGUGGACCAACACAAAGGUCACGACACAGUCUCAGCUGCAGCAGAAAGGACUGAGAGGCAGAAAGAUCUGGAGGAGAGUCGAGAAAACAUCCAGCAGAGAAUCCAGGACAGAGAAGAAGAUGUGAAGCUGCUCCAACAGGAGGUGGAGGCUAUCAACGGUUCUGCUGAUAAAGCUGUGGAGCACAGCCAGGAGAUCUUCAGCCAGCUGAUCCGUCUCAUGGAAAAACGCCGCUCUGAGGUGGAGCAGCAGGUCAGAUCCCAGCAGGAACGUGAAGUGAGUCGAGUCAAAGACCUUCAGGAGAAGCUGGAGCAGGAGAUCACUGAGCUGAAGAGGAAAGACGCUGAUCUGCAGAAGCUCUCACUCACAGAGGACCACAUCCAGUUUCUGCACAGCUACCCCUCACUGUCAGAACCGGGUCAACCUGCAGACUCAUCCAGAAUCAACAUCCGUCCUCUGAGAUACUUCGAGGAGGUGACAGCAGCUGUGUCAGAGGUCAGAGAGAAACUCCAGGAUCUUCUGACAGAGACGUGGACAAACGUCUCACAGGCAGUGACUGAAGUGGAUGUUUUACUGUCAGAACCACCAGGACCAGCAGAACCCAAGACCAGAGCUGGUUUCUUAAGAUAUUCACGAAGAAUCACACUGGAUCCAAACACAGUAAACAGAGGGCUGUUAUUAUCUGAUGGAAACAGAAGAGCAACAAGGACAGAAGUACUACAUGAUUAUUCUUAUCACCCAGACAGAUUCACUAAUUAUCGUCAGGUCCUGAGUAGAGAGAGUCUGACUGGACGUUGUUACUGGGAGAUGGAGCUGAGAGGGGACAAGGUUCUUGUAGCAGUCGCAUACAAGACUAUCAGCAGAGCAGGGGACUCAGUCGAUUGUAGAUUUGGAUUGAAUGACAAAUCUUGGAGGUUAGACUGUGAUAAAAAUGGCUAUAGCUUAAUGCACAACAACGUCAGCGCUCCUAUCUCAGGUCCUUGGUCCUCCAGAGUAGGAGUGUACCUGGAUCACAGAGCAGGUAUUCUGUCCUUCUACAGCGUCUCUGAAACCAUGACUCUCCUCCACAGAGUCCAGACCACAUUCACUCAGCCGCUACAUGCUGGACUGUGGUUACACUGGUCGAUUGGAGAUUCUGCUGAGUUUAUUGAACUGAAAUAAACAGAAUUUUGAGUCAAUCAGACCAAAAACAUGUAAUGAGAUCAUUGAACUCUUGAAAUGUUCUGGUUUGUAAAUGUUUGUGGAUCAUUUUCACAUCAAGAACUCUGAUCUUCAGUUCCUGAUGCUCGCUUUUGUCCUGAUUUUCAGAAGCACUGAUUUUGUAGUGAGUAGUUUUGAAAAGAGUUGGUGGGUGAUGGUGGAUUAGUUGAGACUGUGGUGUCUUUAUUUUUGAUGAUGUUCCAAAAAUGUUUGAAAAAUAGACCCAACUGUGUCUGAUAUGUUUGUUGAGGGAGAUCUUUUAUUUGUUGUUAGCUUUUUGGUCACAGCACAUGAAUGUUAAGCCUUGUGUCCAGAUGAGACUGUUGUUUGCAUCAUCAUGAAUUUACAUUUACUUUAUUCUUCAAAUAUUUUGGGAUGUUUUGUCAUUUAUUUGAUCAGACAGAAAAUGUAGAGAGAGGAGAAAGGACAUGCACUAAAUCAUGUCAGGAUUGGGGAUUGAUCCUCGGUCCCAGUGUGACAAGGACUGUCGCUUUACCAACUGAGUAAAACCUGCAGCUGUGUUAAAAAAAUGUUCCUCAGCUUCAGUUUGUGCAGAAUUUGAAGGUCCGAUACUUAAGAAAACUACUUUAAAAUGUGACGUAUUUGUAAAGACAUCUAUCAUGACUCUUUUCUGUGAAUGGGUGUUCAAAUGAGGUUUUCUGUAACUGUAAUAAUAAUCACAUUAAUUUUUGAAACUUAUUUUUCUGAUUCAACUGAGAUUGUGGUGAAGCAGCUGAUUGUUUCAGUAAAAAAAAAAUAAUUAAAAAUUAACUGAGUCACUGAGAGCUCCUCGUCUGUGUCUGCUGUGUCAUAUAAUUAUGUGGUCUCCAGGAUCUCCAUAUAACGAUCAUAACGAUCAAUCAUAUAACGAGUUUUGUUCACAGGAAACUUCAGUCUGCAUUGUGACUUUGGAUGAACAUCUUUUCUCUUAAGCCCUGAAAGAAUAAAAUCUGAACAGAUUUACAUGCUGCUUCACCUUCUUCAUAUCACACCUGCAUUUGUUGUUUUACCUGCUAAGAAAAGUGUGGAUUGAGAGGGCGUGUCGUGUUCAAUCUGAACAAUCUGAACCGGCCGGUAAAUUAACAGUGAAUCAAGAGUGAUAACAGGGUGGAAGUAAAAAGAUAACUGAUCUGUUAUAACAGCAUGAAGUUUUGUACGAAUCGUGUAAGGGAUUAACACACAAACAGCAUCAGGGAACAGUGGGGAAAACGACCUGAAAAAGGCGACUGGUGAUACAGUAAACAGAGAACAGACGGUGACAUUUUCAGGAGGACUCAUUCAGCCUGAAGAGAAAAAAUUACAAACACAAAAGACGGGAUGACGCUCAUUUUCUGACAUUUCAUCAUCCGCUUAUAUUCCGCUUAUAUUUCGCAUUUCGCACUGACGUAAAAUGUCAUUGGUCCGUCCAUCAGACUCAUCCGUACAGUUUUCAUCUGUCAUAUCACUCUGCACACUUCAUCCACUCUCUCCAUCCAUCCUUCAUCCAUCCAUCCAUCCAACAUUCAUCACUCUGCUCUUGUGCACUUGUCAUGUUUGCGAGUCGUCCGUUAAAUCAUUUCAUCUAUCACCCACUUUUCCUCCAAAUCGUUCUUUACGCAGCCCUUUUGUUGACCACUUCAUCCCUCCAUCUAUCACUCGCUCCUCUGCCCAUUUACCCCUCAAUCCACUUCAUCCAUCUCGUUCCACCUUUAAUUUUGUUUAUUCAUAAAUCUCUAUCCUUCAUCUAUCGGUUUACCUCCACCUACUCAUCCAUCAACCUGCAGCUUCUUUGCUUUCAUUAAAGCGUCCUUCAGUUAAGUGCACCAUUCAUUAAUCCCUCAUUCAUCCUAUCAUUUCUCUCAUCCAUCGCUCGUGUUUUCAUUAGUCUGGUCUUUCAUUCAUCAACCACUCUUGUGACGAUUAAUUAACCCAUUCAUGCGCAGACUCUACCAUCUAGCCAUCCAGCAGUUACCACAUUUUAGUCAUAAUUAAGUGUGCCGAGACUCAUCCUUUCACGCAAACACUUUAAAAGGACAACAAAAUCUACUUUUUCUCAACAAUAAGCAAUUAUAAGUCACACAUUAACCCUUAGAUGCAAGACUGAUCGGACCCUAAACUCUAACCUCACCGUGUCAAAAACAAGCAGACACAGAAUUAACACAUUUUAGGCCAUUUUGGCUCAGAAGUACCUUUUUUUAUUUCAAAUUUCCUUUUGGUCCACUCAGGAAUGAUUUCACAACUGCAUCUAUGUCAUUUUAAAAAGACUUGAAACAUUUUGUGUAUUUGUGUUUGCGUGUGUUGAAGAAAAUUUGAGUUAGCACUGCUUGAUACUUAGCUACAUCAGUGCAUGCUAAAGUUCAGCAUUAUUAAUCAAUGUUAAUUUCGCGUUACAUGGAUUUGGUGUGAAUGGACGUUUUUGACCUGGAGAUGCUUCGACAGGUCAAAAAUCAUAAUGUGUUAUUUUUUAUUACCAGGCUUUCUGACUAGUAACCAAGCUGUGUUAAAUACUUGAUUAUGAUUGGUUCAAAAAUGUCAAUUUCAGUGAAGGCAGACUGCAUUUAAGAUAUUUUAAAGACAAAAACAGACAUGAAACAGAGUCAGAGAGCUGGAAAUGAGAGGAAAAAUGCUCAAGUUAAGGAAAGGAGGACCUCAUACAGGUGCUGCAGUUAUUUUUAUGCAUUUGUUCAGAGUGACAAAAGAAAAAUUUAGUGUUUCAAUUCAACUGUUGAUAAAAAUUUUCAGUUUAAUGUUGAUCCGACCUGCAUGUUUGCUGUUGUCAAGGAAACACUACCAGCCCUGAAAACUGAGGGGCUGGUUUUUACAGUAUUUCCACAGCAGAGCUCCAUGAUUGGAUCUCAGCCAUUGUUGUUGGGAGCGAUCUCACUGGUCAAAGGCUGCUCUUCUUUGUGUCUUUUUCACAAACCUGAAGAGUUAGAAGUCAACAGAUUUUUACAGAUUGAAAUUUUAACUCAAAGAUUUGGGGUAUUUGAUUUGAGUAGCUCCACGCCUGCGCCAUUAGAUCUCCGUUGACACAUGCUCAGUUGGAAGUCGAUCUGAACGCACCACAUGCCUCUGCUUCAGUCUCUUUGCGUAAUUAUUGUGAAUGAACUGACUAAAUUGGAUAAAUGCUUAUUGCUCUUGACAGCAACAGCAACCUUUAAGUUAUUUUGUUUUUCUACACUUAAGAACCACGGAGCACACUGUCACUGUAGAUCACAAUGCUGACGCCUGGAAAUGGAGCUAACGACGCCACUCAACCAUACCCCAUUGACUCUGGCUACUUCACUAGCCUUAUAUAUGUAGCUACACCUCCUCCUCCUCCUCCUCCUCCUCCUCCUCCCUCCUCAGGCUGUGGAGGAUGGAGGGGGAGGAAGUAGCUAUAUAUCACCAAUGAGGCAUUUGUCCAUUUGUCUUGCGGUUGGUUGGCUGAAGGAAGAGAAAGACAGAAAGGAGGCAAGGAUGAGAGGGGGUGCUGGGGGAUAAAGGGAGGAGGGAGGGUAAGGAAGAAAAAUGAAGGCAUAGCAAAGAGGGGAGGAUACAGAGCAGGGGAAGAUGAUUGGGUGGGAAAAUAUGGAGAACUAGUCCCCUCUAUUUUAUGACUUUUUAGCACGAUAUCAAUAUUUAAAUUUUUCAUAAACAUAGCUAUCAUAAACACCUAAAUAUUGGGGCAGUCUUAGUCUGAAUAGAUUACAGUUCGGUCUCAGAGACCUCAGAGACGUCCAAAUCCAAAAGAUGAAUGUGGCCUUUUUGGGAUUGAAGUGUUGAAUUAACCUUUAGCUAAUCAAGAAAUCAGCAGAUGUGGAGAUGAGGUAAACUAGAAAACAGCUAAUGAUGCCCCU